GGACAGGGAACAGUUUGAUUUCAUAGUCUCUCCAGAGUGGAGCAGUGGACCUUCAUGAAAUAUUUAUUGAAUGAGUGAUGAAAUAAAUAUAUGAAAAGAACUGCAAAGCAGAUUAUUUCAGCUCAAAAAUCAUUUCUGGGUAGAUAUAUUUAUGCAAGUGUUAUUUACAUGAAAACCCCUUAAUUUACUGUUGCUCAGGGAGGACAUAUUGCAAAUGGAUGGAAAUCUUAAAAUGGGGGAGGUUAAUAAAUCAAUUAUAAUAAUAAUUUAGUAGUAAGAAAAUAUGCUGUGCUUCCUGAAUAAGGAGUCUUUAUGGACUGGAUGGUCCCAGAUGCCCAUGUCUAGAUGUUUCGAAGAAGGCAGAGCUUUCACUUCUCAAGCUUGAAAGCACCAACCACAGUCAGCAGACAUCACAGAGAAAUUUCCUUCUGGACUAGUGUCAUGUUCUGGAACAGAAGGUUGCAUGAUGGAGCCACUCAGUCUUUCUGAAAGUGUCAGGACAGCUCUCAUGGACACAGGUAAAAUAGCAGCCAGUUUUGUUAUGUUCUAUUUACUUUCUUCUAUUCUAGGAAGUUGAAAAGUAUGGCCAAUUUGGCAUUCAUUCAUGUGAAUGUAAAUAAAUCAGGAAGAGAAAAUUUUCAAAAAAUAACAUUCAAGCACUACAGCAAGAUAAAGCAGUUAAAGUUCUUAAUCUCUAUCAAGCUAUACUCAGAGACUAUGCUUUUUGGAUAAAGGUUAAUCUCCUCCCACCAUAUGGAGUUUUUUUCUCUUGUACUCACUUAACACAGUUUGACGCAAUUUUUAACUAAAUAAGGUUUCAUUUUAAUUUUUACACAGUGAUCAUUCUAUGGAACAUAUAAUUAAAUCUCAUCUUCCCACUAAGUGGCUUGAAUUUCCGACUUUCUGGGAGCUAAAUCUACCCCAUUUAUUUGUAUGUUAAAACUGAAGAAAAGGAUAAGGAUGCUGAGUAAUGAAGAUCAUGUCUUCUCUGGGGCCUUAAAGCUAGAGGGUUUCUUUUCUCUCCUUCGAAAGGUUGUACACACUAAAUUACAUUGCAGAUCAAAAUGAAUUAAGUGAAACUGAGAGAUCAGAGAAGAAAUAAAGAGGCGCUAUUGUCUGUAGAGGGUCUUUAACAGAUGAUGCUUUGGGACUAUCAAUUUGGAAAGAAAAAAGAAAUCAAAUACAAAUCCAUUUCAUACUCAUUUUGCAGACCUCAUCCUUUUGUUUUCAUGUAAGUAACUCUGUUCAAUGUUUUAUUUUAUAUAAGAUCUAUGCUGUUCUUCUACUGUGUCCUAAUAUUCUGCAAACAAAUUCUAACUACUUAGCAGACAGAAACAAAACAAUUCAAAUGCUUCACAUUUAAUAAUUUCAAAAUAACAACAAGCAGGGCACUUUCUCUUGUGGCUCAUCAGCCAAACAACUACCUUUCACUUUUACUGUUGCUCCUAUUAUAUUCCUGGCAGAGAUCCUAAAAAAUCAGGUAAUAUGAAACCAAAGAGGUCUUUCUAUUUUUUCAAUUUCAAGCUAUCUCAACCUAUGAACUGCCUUCAUCCCUGAGAAAUUGUGUGAAAUUCAAUAAUAUUAUUUUUCCUUCGGGAAAGUAAGAACAAGUCAUGGUCAAAGAGGAAACUUCUUUUUGUUUCCCCCUGUGGACUCUCCCCCUUACUCCUUUUAGUUGAGGGUGGGAGUGCAGAUCUGGGUGUACUCUGUGCUGGGGAGGAGUCAGGUUUUUUUCUCUGUUAUGGUGAGCAACUAGCAGAGUUCCUUGAACAUAGAACAUGUUCAAUGUAAAUUUAGCAAAAGAAUGGAUGAAUGAAAAAGCAUACAAUUUUCACUGUAUUAAUACGAAUCAUUUCCAUAUCACUGUCAGGCCCAUUGUCCAUCAGGCUUUACAAAAUAGAUUUAAGGCCUCCGGACAGGGAAACAGAUCAUGGAGCAGAGAAUGUAGCUUUAGAAAAGCUUAGGAAAAGAAGGACCUGUGCUCAAGUAAGCUUCACAUAAAAUAUCUUGUCCAAGUUACACUUCUCCAUGAGUAGAAAGGAUUAUUUUGGAGUGAGGCAAAGUAAGGUGUUCACAGCAACAGACAUAUUAAAAAUGUUUUCAUUAGGCUGACCAAUGACCUGUCCCAAUCAAACCACCAUCCCCAACCUUCUUGGUCCUUUACUGUGUUAAGGAGACGCAGGGUGGCUUGCCCUGGGAGAAAUCUUUGCUUUUAUCUAACCCACAGUUAAAUCUAGUCUGUUUCUAUAUUUUUUCCUCUGCUUUUUCUUUUUCUUUUUUUUUUUUUUCCUUUCAAUGACUAUGGAGUUUUCCCUUUGGUUUCUCUUCAAGAACUCCUAGUAUUUAAGGAGUGAGGGGAUGAUUGUCUCUUUCUGUCUGCCUUAAUAAACCCGGCAAGCUCCUUGGCUUCCCCAGGGUGUGGCUCUAAAGGGGCCUUAAUUCCACUACCAAGCAGACGUGCCUGGGGGUCAGGGACCACGAGAGUCCCUCUGGUGUGUGGUGUGCCGCUAAGUUGCUUCCCCAAGGACUGGUGGCAUCAAGGCAAGGUAAACUCUGUCCCAAGUGCUAAGUGGGAGCGCAGACUUCCUUUAAAGUCGAACUUUGCAAACAAGAAUGACCUUGAAAAGGACCCUUUAGACACAGAUCAAUGCUCAGGAACCUUGCCAACCACUUACAACUCCCCUUCGACAAUUCACAGACAUAUUAUCUAUGCUCCAGGAGGGACCUCCUUUCACCCUUGUGACCCAAGUCCCAGCUCUGCGCCACUGUUGGAGUGGGGGCUUGUCGGAUGAGCCGCUGGGGAAAUAUGCGCCCCCUCUUCUCUCCUUGGUCAACUCGGGUCAUCUUGACACAGCGCCUACCUGUCCCUCUGGGGCCACUUCUUCUGUGGUGUCCCGAUCAACGCUUCUCGGAAAAAUUCUCUACGUGUUCUGGAGGUUUCCUGGGAAUCCCUGCUUCCCUACGCCCUGGAUCUGCCUGAAAGCAGAACUAUCCGCCGGCCCCCACCUCCUAAACUCCAGGACGUCCGUGGGGCUGCACUAGUCAUUAAUGGCCAUCAUCUAUUUUUAAUCAGAAAGAUCACAAGAGAGAUGACAAGCGAAUCCCAGUCGCAAGUCAAUUUAAAUAACAUUCCGGGGGAAAUCCAAUCACUUAAAACUGAGACACCUACAGGAGCGAGAGCUCCCGCCCGUCUGGCGGGGCAGAGCGCGAAGGCUGAAUUAAUCAAGAUCAAGGGGCUCCCGGGCUGAGAGCAGAGCAUUAACCCUUCCAGUCCCGGAGAGCGACACGGCGGGGGAGGAAACGCGCGGCGGGCCAGGGCCAAGAUGCCCACGGCAGCCCCGCGCAGGCCGCCUCUGCCACUUGGGGCGGUUCCGGAUGCCUCGCGCCCGGCCCGGGCGACCGUGCGCCCGAGGUUAAGGUCAGAAGCGCCCGAGGCUGCUCGGGCUGCGAGAAGCAGCCGCCUCCCGCAGCCUCGGCGCGCCUCGGGCUCCUCCUCCCGCCCAAGCGUGGCCAAGUGAGGACUGCUCCGGCCGCAGGUAGCGGAGGCGCGGGAGGCGGCGCGCGCGAGUCCGGAUCGGAGCGCCGGGGAGGGGCCGACCGACACGCAGACAGACGGACUCCCUAGCCUCACGUCCCGGACGUUAGCAGAGGUCUGCGCGGGCCAUGUGGGGACCCGGGGUCACGGCCGAGGGCCUGUCGGUGGCGCCGGCGCCGCCGCCUCUGCUGCCGUUGCUGCUGCUGCUGGCGCUGGCGCUGGUGGCGCCCUCGCGGGGCGGCGGGGGCUGCGCGGAGCUGGCGUGUGGCGAGCGGGAGCGCUGCUGCGACGCGACCAACGCCACGGCGGUGCGCUGCUGCAAGCUACCGCUGCACGCCUUCCUGGACAACGUGGGCUGGUUCGUCCGCAAGCUCUCGGGGCUGCUCAUCCUGCUCGUGCUCUUCGCCAUCGGCUACUUCCUGCAGCGCAUUAUCUGCCCCAGCCCACGCAGGUACCCGCGCGGCCAGGCGCGACCCGGGCAGGCGCGGCCGGGGCCCCCGGGGGGCGCCGGGCAGCUGGGGGGCGCGGGCCCGCCCGACGACGACGACGACUCGCCAAGUCUGCUGCGGGACGAGGCAGCGGCCGGUUCGCAGGACUCACUGUUGGACAGUGGUGGCAGUGGCCGGGGCCGGGGAGGCGGCGCGCGCUCAGCCCCCUCCUGCGCCUCGGAGCACGAGCUGCGCGUAGUCUCGCCGGUCUUCCUGCAGCUGCCCAGCUACGAGGAGGUCAAGUACCUGCCCACCUACGAGGAGUCCAUGCGACUGCAGCAGCUCAGCCCUGGGGAGGUCGUGCUGCCCGUGUCGGUGCUCGGCCGCCCGCGAGGUGGCAGCGCCGGGGAGCCCGACGGCGGCGAGGGCCGCUUCCCGCUCAUCUGAGCGCCUUGGGCCGCGCGGGGACCACGCGGACGGUGCAGAGCUGGGGGCUGCGGGUGGCACUCAAGACGAGGGCACCCUCAGCCGCCCCCAACUGCCUCAGACCCCAUCUGGCACCCCGGCCUAACCGCCCGUCACCCUGCGAGUAGGUUGGGGUCACCCCUCUCCCUCGCGCUGCCCCGGGAUCCCCUGUUUCCCUACGUUUCCUUUGGUUCAAAGAAACGCCCGGCAAGCGCGGCGGGGGCGGCUGCCGCAGACGAGCCCCCAGCGCAACUUCGAAGGACGUCCCCGCCCUCUGCCUUGCCUUGUGUUGUGUUCACUCGUAAGUGCCUGCUUCCCGGGCCACAGCGCACGGGAGCCCGCCGCGGAGUCGGGAGAAGGGCAGUGUUCUUUGGGGCUGGGGGGAAAGGGGUGCAGCUCCGCUCCUGGCCUUCCCCCCGGGACAGGUCGGGCCGCCAGGUGGGCGGAGGGCGAGGAGCCCGUGGGGACCAGCCGCAACCCGUCGCUGCCGUGCGAGGGUACGGUGGAACCCUUCCCUUGCGGUGGACCCACAAAACCCUUCCGUGUCUUCCUGGCCAAGCAAAAAGGCACAGCUGAGGGCUCACAGUUAGGUGGUGGCAGACAGUUAGUUGCUGUACUUCAGGGUGCAGCGUCUGUAUCCAAGACCGUUAUUCCUAAUACAGUACGGUUGGACCUUUGGUUUUUCAGUAACUGAGAAGGUACUUGUAUUUAUUUGUCUUUUAUUUUUGUAUUUUUACCACAUACCGAACGCAACAGCAGUGUAUUUCAGCGAAUUAAUGACAAGGUUAUCAUCUUACCACUUUUUGUAGGCCGUCUCUGGUCAGGAAAUUGCCCAUAUUCUGUCAUCGUUGUUUAAUAAAAUGUUGGACAUUAUUUAAAAUGAAAAAAGAGGCAUGGUCAAAGGAGGAAACAUGUGACAUAGAGAAAACAUGAAGGAUAUCUUAUUUUCACUAUUUGAGAAGAAUAUAUUUUAUUUUUAGUACUGUGGCAUAAUAUAUAACUUUUUAUAACUGUAUACAUUGUGUAGUCUAGGUCUUCAUUGUAUCAUUCAUCAACAGUUAUAUGUAAAACUAAUUGAUAUGUGUGUAUAUAUAUAUAUGCGCCAUACCGUGAAGCAUGAUGUCAUGCACUUUCUCCCCAUUUUUCCUUUGGAAUACUUUACACAACAUGAUACAAAUGUAAGAACUUGUAACUUUUGCUCAAAGGUAAUUGUGCAGUAAUAUGCUACAGAAGGAUUGAAUCUAUUUUCUUUAAAAGAAAAAGUGUCAUUGUAUCGGUUCUACCAUUCUUUGAAAUGUUCUUUAAGCAAAAGGUAAUAUAACAUUUUAAUGCCUUGUGUAUAAUGUACAUAUACAUAUUGUCUAUGUACUGUAUGCACAUUACAUACAAUAUAGGUAUUACAGUUUAUGAUUGUCAUGAAAGGAAAAGAAGGAAAACAUAAAAGGUUUCGCUGGGAAAAGGUAACUAUUACAUCAAGAAAGAUUACACGCAUAGAUCUCAUGUAUCUAGAACAUUAUUCUUAUGAUUGAAAAAGUCUGACAAUCCUGUGAAAUCUUAAAAUAUAUGACUUGUAUUAGAAAAAAAUUAUUUGAUUACUUUAAACUUUUAAAGGCUGAGUGAGAAAACCUGACAGUUCUGAGAAAUUUUUAAAUGUCUGAAUUAUAAUAAAAGAGCGUGGUUUACUUUAAACUUC